CACAACUUUGCCUCUUCUCACGUUCUGCCUAGGCUUUCUCUAUCUCUUCUCUCCCUUCUUCUCUUUUCUCCUUCAAUAGGGGGAGAAAACUAUUUUUCUCAAUUUCAAAAGAAUCCAAGAGAAAGAAGAAGAGAAGACAAGAGAAAAAUGGCUAUCUCUAAGGUGUCAUCUAGUGUUCUUUUCACCGUAGUGGUUUUAAUUCUCACCGUAUUUACUUUGCCUAUGGCUCGGGCGCAAUCUGCCGCCCCAGCUCCCACACCUACAAGUGAUGGGACCACAAUAGACCAAGGAAUAGCAUAUGUUUUGAUGUUGGUGGCGUUACUGCUUACGUACCUUAUUCACUGAUCUUUCUUUUCUUUUUUUUUUUUAUUGAAUUUAAUUGGUCAUUUUGGUAUUCAUGGAGGAACCUUAAGGCAGAGGAGAUGAAUUUCAAUGGCAAUGGAAAGGGAAUAUGGGUUUUGUUUUGUCUUAGGGGCCAGGGGGAGAUCAGAAAGGAGGGAAUUCAAUUGGGGUGAUAAUAUUGGAUGCAAUGUUUUGAUCAAGGGUGGAUUUUCAUUUGGAUUGUGUAGAAUUUCUCCGUUGUAUUUCGAAUUGAUUCCUAGUGAUAAUUAAUCUCUCCAUUAAUA